AUGAGUGAUCAAGAAAGAAAGGCGCGUCAGGCACGCAUUAUGCCAUACUUGCCUUCUUUGAGAAAUAAUGAAAUGCCAGACAUAACCAGUAAGCAACAGCUAUUGCUUCUGAUGCAGGACCUGAAAGAUGAAGGCAAUGAUUUAUUCAAAGAAGAAGACUAUUUGAAUGCCUGGAAGCACUACUGCUUUGCUUUGUUUGCAGCAAGGCAACUGGAACGUAUCUUUUAUUGCCAUGUGGAGAAGGACUUUUUAGCAACCUUGUUCUGCAAUGCUUCACUCUGUAGUCUCAGAACAGAAAAUUAUGAAAUUGCCUUGAAAGAUGCUGAUAUGGCUCUUCAUUGUCAGCCGAAUAACAUUAAGGCAAUGUAUAGGAAAGCAGUUGCUUUAAAGGAAUUAGGGCGUUACGAUGAAGCAUUUGCACAGGCCCAAAAAGGACAGCAGUUUGACACUAAGAAUAACUUUAGCACUUUGAUAGAAGAGCUAAAGCUACUAAGAAAAUCAACAAACACAAAAGGUAAAGAUACAAGAAAAGCCACAUCAUCCAACGCUAGCAGUGAGUGGCUGGAAGGUACUAAUGCUGUAACCAAUCAAAAGAAAAAGAACAUGUCCUCAAAGAACACAAAGAAGAAGAAAGGGGCUCAGCCUCAGGCAGCCAAAAAUGCUGCCCCAGCGUCACCUGCCAAGAGUUCCGAGGUGGUGGUGGAGGAUGUAGACUCAGAUUCUACUGAUGGCGAUGGCUCCGAUAAUGAUUCUCAGUUUGCGUUCAGGAUGAGAAACAUCAAACAGCAGGAUCAGACAAGGAAGCCUGCACCCAACCACGGAGCAGUGCCAAACAGAGCUGCAACACCUGUAAGGGAAUGUUUCUUUGCUGCAUUGUCUUGUCUUAUAGCCUGUGGCAUUGGUAGUCAUGUCUGUCUACAAGCUUCUGUUUCAUCAAAAGCAAGGCCUUCACAGCAAGUACGAAGACUGUCAACGUCUUUACACUGGCCUCUUGAAGGGUAUGAGUUUUGUCUGGUUUGCAGGCUUUGCUUUGUAAAGCAGGGAGAAGGAUUUGGAGGGUACACACACAGGAACAACUUCUCACACAACUGUAGUCAUGACACCCUGAUUGUUAGAGAUAAAGCCAGGCCACAUCUAGAAUGGCUAAAAAUUCGUCCCCGGUUUAUCGGCAACCAAUCCUAUCAUUCAUACAAGUAUAAGAUGUGUACACAUUUUCAGAGCAAUCUGCCUUGUCGUUUAGGGGAGGCAAACUGCUCAUUUGCCCACAACCAUACUGAAGUCAGUCUCUGGAAUUUAGAUCGGGACAGGGUGUUCAACAUACAGGGUUUUAUAAACGAUGCCAAAAGGCAAGGAAUAACAUCAUCAAAAGACCUUGAUGGCACACAAUCUGCAGAAGUUCAGCAAGAGCGGUACAUUCCAGGGCUAAAUUUUGCACAGGUUUUUAACGUACCGCCACCGGAACCGGUAUUUAAACAACCCCAGCCUACGUUUAGGAAACCUCCCCCACAGACAUUUCAGCAGCCAACAACAUCACCUCCUCAGUUUAACACCCAGGCUCCGCCACCAAAAACUUCGACUCCUUCCUUCAGCCAUCCUAUGCCCAACUUAAAUCAACCUCCCCCUUCUCACGGCAAAAUUCAAAAUCCUUUUCCUCAGUAUAAGUUUCAGCUGUUCUGCCCACAGUGCCUUACAUUUUCUGGAAACCCUUGGUACUACUUUCAGUAUAACAUAACACACCAGUGUCUUGAGAAUGUUCUAGCAUUUUAUGUGCUGAACAAUCUUGGUCAGAAUUGUUGGGUGAAGGCACGGGAACGUACCAGUCAUCGCAGUUUUAAAGGCAAUUACAUUCUGUGCCAGAGUCUCACAAGGGGGAAUAUCGAGCUGUGUAAAUUUAAAGAAAACUGCAGCUUUGCUCACAAUGUUCUUGAGCAGAGAAUAUGGAAGCUGGAGCAGGAGGGAACAUUUGACGUUGCUGAAUUCAUUCUCCAGAGCAAGAAACGGAACGCAUCACCGUCUUCAUCGCCAUCAGGAGCAAGUUUCCAUAAUCUGGCUGUGAGAAAUCUUCUGGCGAAGCAUGGAGGGUAUUUUCGGUUCAUUUGUCGAGAAUGUUUCUUCGCUCCUCGCCCAAUGAUCAGCAGCAGGGGGUCAGGUAACUUUUGCACAGGUGCAGCCCAGCAUCCCUGGGACGCAUCCAGGAUUAUAGCUCAUGUGAAGAACACAACAUUCACACCAAUUGACAAUCGGAAGUUUCACCACACUGGCGCUUUUUACCUGAUGUGUAACUUUAUGCACUUCUGUAGACAUUGGCUGGCUAACAAAUGUAGAUAUGCUCACAGUAUGAUCGAGAGGGAAGUCUGGAUGCUGGAGAGGGACACUAAUAUCACCAGAGAUGAACUUGUGACACUCAGUAUAAACCUCUUCCAGAGCACACCAUCUCAGCCACAGGCCACACCUUCUGGGCAGCCACAGGCCACACCUUCUGGACAGCCACAGGCCACACCGUCUGGACAGCGACAGGCUGCGCCUUCAGGAGGUGGUACUGCAUGGGGAGCCAAGGCAGCUGAGCCACCUAAGCCAACAACACCAAUGACAGAACCCCAGACUUUUGUAGAAAGCCCAGCAUUAAAUUUGGCAGAGUUCUGCAGGACUUGUUGGGGCAAAGGUCAGAGGUCUAAAGAAGACGGCAAAAAAGAUAAAUGUGUCCGUGGCCACAGCAAUUUUAAGGUGAACAGUGUCUUUGUUUCAUUGCCAUCUGGCAAAGAGAUCAGAAGUUUGCCUGGGCUGCUGCGUCAUGGUAUGAAACCUGUGUUGUGUGCACACUACCCCAAGUGUACACGCGCGAUUUGCACACACCCACAUGGGCAGGAGGAGCUCGAUGCCUGGAUGUACAUGCUGAAACAUCAAAUUAAAACUCUACCUGACCUUUGCAACCACAUCCAAGAAACCCAGAAAAGCAAAACUCGGAAGAUCAAUGUCGGUGAAUCUGUGGUCAGUGUCUGGGGUCAGUCAGGUGUCCCCAUCACCAACCACAGCAAACCAGUCAACCAGAUCAUUGCUCCGGGUGACUUGCUGAUCAACGAGCUGUACUGCAGCUAUUGUGGUAUCAGCUGCAACAGCCCUCGCCAGUGGGAUGAGCACUGCAUGAGUGAGCGGCACAUCAACAAUGUGAACUCCGACAAGGAGCAUCAGUGGAACUUCCGGCAGCCACCCUGGGGUCAAGGCAGUAACCUGGCACUUUGUGCAAAACAUAUACAUAACCAGUCGUGCCAGUACUCACACGUGCCAGAUAUGUACAACCUCUGCAAGUAUGCCCACAGCCAGGAGGAGCUGGACGAGUGGCUGGAAAGGUAUGAAUGGCGCCAGCUGAAGCGAGAGGUGGCCAAGGAGCGUCACAUGUUUUCCUAUACAGAGUCUUUGCUAGAGGAAUACUACAGCAAGGAUAACAGUGUCAGCGUUAUUUCAGAAACACUACCAGGUGUUUUAAUUGUUUGCAACGAAGAGCAGGUGCUAUACAAAAGUGAGAAGAAUGCUGUGUUCACAUGGACCUUUGAAAUCCACUGCCAGAAAACUAUGGAGAAGGUGGCACUUCUGCACAACAAAGAUCGUCUGCACUUCUCACUGUUGGGUGUAGAUGACACCCGUCAUCAGGUUGCAUCUGGGGAUCUGUUUCUGGCUGUUGAUGACCAAGGGGAUGCAUGUUAUAAAGUUAAUGUGUGUUUUAGUGGAGGCAUGUUUGGAUCAUUUAGUCAGUGGGUGGUGUUUGACUUUGGAGAGCGACCAGUCCUGGUGAAAAAACUGGCCGUGGAGAUUGGAGACCAUCUACAGCAUGAGAGA